AUGUAUGAUUAUACUGAGUAUCGAGUUCUGAAUGAUACCAUAAAGAUUUGUAACUCCACUGAUGACUACGUACGAAAUAUAUGGAAAAUGCGUAAUAACUGGGUGAAAAAACAAAUGUCUUUUAGAGGAUGCAAUAGAUGCUUUUACAUCCAAUAUUAUUUUGCAAGCAAAGAGUUACAUGUCUUUUGGGCACCCACUGUUCAAUAUUUCUCAAGAAAUAACUAUGGAGUUAUCAACGGUAUAACUUGUAUAUGCAAAGAAAAGUUACGAACAAUAUCAAGAGAGUUUACCAAGGAAGAUCUAUUAACAUGCAACGAUUCAAUCAUCAACAUAAAAUACGAUGAUGACUACAAAGUUUGGAAUAACUUUUCAAUACUCUAUAAGCACAAGACAUAUGAUUAUACUGAGUAUCGAGUUCUGAAUGAUACUAUAAAGAUUUGUAACUCAACUGAUGAUUACGUACGGAAUGUUUGGAAAAUGCGUAAUAACUGGGUGAAAAGACAAAUGACUUCUAAAGGAUGCAAUAAAUGCUUUUACAUCCAAUCUUAUGUUGUGAGCAAGCAGUUCCACGUCUAUAGGGCACCCACUGGUCAAUAUUUCUCAAGAAAUGACUAUGGAGUUACCAACGGUAAAACUUGUAUAUGCAAAGAAAAGUUAGGACCAAUAUCAAGAGAGUUUACCAAGGAAGAUCUAUUAACAUGCAACGAUUCAAUCAUCAACAUAAAAUACGAUGAUGACUACAAAGUUUGGAAUAACUUUUCAAUACUCUAUAAGAACAAGGUGUAUGAUUAUACUGAGUAUCGAGUUCUGAAUGAUACCACAAAGAUUUGUAACUCCACUGAUGACUACGUACGAAAUGUUUGGAAAAUGCGUAAUAAGUGGGUAAAAGGAAAAAUGUCCUUUAAAGAAUGCAAAUGCUCUUACAUCCGAUCUUAUGUUGUGAGCAAGCAGUUUCAUGUUUAUUGGCCACCCGCUAAUCAAUAUUUCUCAAGAAAUGAGUAUAGACUGUUUCUAGAUAAAAUUUGUUCAUGCAAAGAAAAGCUACGACCAAUAUCAACAAAGUAUACCAAGGAAGAUCUAUUAACAUGCAACGAUUCAAUCAUCAAUAUAAGAUACGAUGAUGAAUACAAAGUUUGGAAUAACUUUUCAUUACUCUAUAAGAACAAGGUGUAUGAUUAUACCGAGUAUCGAGUCCUCAAUGAUACCAUAAAGAUUUGUAACUCCACUGAUGACUACGUACGGGAUAUUUGGAAAUUGCGUAACAAGUGGGUGAAAAACUUCAUAUCUUUUAAAAGUUGUAAUAGAUCCAUAAUCACGAAAACACACAAGCGAGGGGAUUUUCCUCUUCUGAAAGAAGUCAAGUUGCAGGAGACCACAAUAAAAGUAACAAUCUACAAGCGAGGCUACAAGCAAGGAGAUUUUCUGCUUCUGAAAGAAGUUCUUCCGGAGACGACAAAUUACACGUACAUCGACAAUACAAGUUUCGUUGAGACAAAAAACAACAACACCUUGCAUAAAGACAUUAUGCCUACAGAGAUGACUAAUACUAGCAUGCCGUCUUUAAAUAAAGCUGCAACAAAGUACAGUUACGGCGUGUUUGAAGGUAAAUUUAUAAUAUGUUCUGAUGAACAUGUGAAUCUUGAUAUAUCAGAUAUUGAAAUUACUUUCAUAGCACCAUUUUGUGCCUUGGCUCUCUCAAUUAUUUGUUUAUUACUGUUGUUGAUAGUUUAUGGGAUGCUUCCAGAGUUGCGAACUCUUCCUGGUUUGAAUUUGAUGAGUUUAAGUUUCUCAUUUCUCUUGGCAUUGAUUAAUUACGCAGUGUAUUUGUCACUGUAUUUACGUGUUGGUAAAGAAUUGGAUUUCCCAUGUGCGAGGCUGGAAAUAACAAAUAAGUUUAUUACGUAUAACAUUCUCAUGAAUGCUGUUGUUAACAUCUAUCACUUGAGAAAAACCUUUUACCACAAUACUUUGGUGAGAUCUGAUGUAAACAAGUUGAAAACCUUUUUUAAGUACAGUCUCUUUGGCUGGGGUGUUCCUGUCGUUAUAACUAUUGUCUACAUCGUUCUUGUGAAGACUGAAGUCUUGAGGUUUCAUCAGAAUAGCACUCAGAGGUCGGUUUCUUGUGCUAGGGAUGGUAAAAUUCCUAAUUGGCUCGUUGUUGCUGAGAAUUAUGGUGUUCCAGGCUGUCUGUUGUUGUACAUCAUUGCAAUGUUCAUCUUCACCGCUUAUAGAAUUCGCGAAAAACUCAGAGUAAGCGACAACAUUGUACGGAGAUCAAACAUUGUUAAGAAUCGCAGAAACUUUGUCUUGCUUUUUAAGCUGUUAGCCACUACAGCUAUCAGCUGGAUUCCUCUUGUAUUUGAAGAUUUAGUGUUUAAUUCUGACGUAAUGAUAGCAUUACUGACGGUAGCGUGGCUUACUGGUGUUUAUGUUGGAAUUGCGUUUGUCUUCACUCGAAAAAAUUACCAGCUUUUGAAGAAGAAAUAUUUUAGCGAGCCCGAAAGCGAGUAUAAAAUAUCGAAAACAACUCAAUUUAGCAAACAUUGA